CCGCGCCGCGCGUCCGGCCAGCCUGCGGGCCCGCUUCUCUCCGGAGCCCCCACCCAGGCGCAUGGCUCCAUGAAGCAGGAGGAGGAGGCAGAGCGCGAGAGGUCCCGUCCGCCCCAGCCGCGUCUGGGCCAGGAGAAAAGGUACAGGAAGAAGGAAUGGAAUCGGAAGGAAAAAAAUUCAUUCCAGAGACAAAAUAGCUCCCCUCCUCUGUUGUAGCUGUUCCUCUGGCAAUACAAACUUUCUGCUUUCAUGGGUAGUUCUGAAAGUGCUCCAUCAUUCAAAAAGGAAAAAAUAAUUCUUCCCAACUGCAGUUUAGAUUGACCUAUCAAAGGAAAGCCACCUAGAAGUGGCACCCGAAGCCAGUUCCAGAACUGACAGCUAUUGGGUUCUGCAGCAUUCCAGACCUCGAGCACCGAAUCAGGAUGGGAAAAAGACGUUGUGUUCCUCCACUCGAGCCCAAGUUGGCAGCAGGCUGUUGUGGGGUCAAGAAGCCCAAAUUAUCUGGAAGUGGAACACACAGUCACGGGAAUCAGUCCACAACUGUCCCCGGCUCUAGUUCAGGACCUCUUCAAAACCACCAGCAUGUGGACAGCAGCAGUGGACGGGAGAAUGUGUCAGACUUAACUCUGGGACCUGGAAACUCUCCCAUUACACGAAUGAAUCCCGCAUCGGGAGCACUGAGCCCUCUUCCCCGGCCUAAUGGAACUGCCAACACCACUAAGAAUCUGGUGGUGACUGCAGAGAUGUGCUGCUACUGCUUUGACGUCCUCUACUGUCACCUCUAUGGCUUCCCACAGCCACGGCUCCCCAGAUUCACCAACGACCCCUAUCCGCUCUUUGUGACAUGGAAGACAGGGCGGGACAAGCGGCUUCGUGGCUGCAUUGGGACCUUCUCAGCCAUGAAUCUUCAUUCAGGACUCAGGGAAUACACGUUAACCAGUGCACUUAAGGACAGCCGAUUUCCCCCCUUGACCCGAGAGGAGCUGCCUAAACUUUUCUGCUCUGUCUCCCUCCUUACUAACUUUGAGGAUGCCAGUGAUUACCUGGACUGGGAGGUAGGGGUCCAUGGGAUUCGAAUUGAAUUCAUUAAUGAAAAAGGUGUCAAACGCACAGCCACUUAUUUACCUGAGGUUGCUAAGGAACAAGAUAAUUAUAUUGGGGUAACAUCUGACAGGAAGGACACAGGAGCAGGGAGCCUGGGGACAGCCAUUAUGGCAUGUUUUGGGCUGUCGUCUCAUGUCUCAGAGUCUCCACGGGGCUGUCAGACAGACUGGACGCCAGACUGGGAUCAGAUCCAGACAAUAGACUCCUUGCUCAGGAAAGGUGGCUUUAAAGCUCCAAUUACCAGUGAAUUCAGAAAAACGAUCAAACUCACCAGGUACCGAAGUGAGAAGGUGACAAUCAGUUACGCAGAGUAUAUUGCUUCCCGACAGCACUGUUUCCAGAACGGCACUCUUCAUGCCCCACCCCUCUACAAUCAUUACUCCUGACACACGGCUGCAUGACCAGUCUCACCCCCCUGUGGCCACCAAUGGCUAUGACAUCAUUGGAGCAGAUGCCUCCUCUUCCUGGUCCAGUUACUUCUAUUACUGCACCAUUUUAUGAUGCUAGCUUCCGUUGCCAAGUCUGCCUCCCGCUGACUGAGGGAGGGUAGGGUUACCUUGAAUGAAACAGAACUUGAGGGGCCCAAGCCUUAUCUCAGCCUUUCCUCAAUAUGGGGUUCCGUUGGAUUGGGGCUCCUCCGUGACUAGUGAGAAUUACUGUGUGGGUUCAGAAGACCCUUGUCUGGUAUUUGCCACAUGGGUGUUGGCCACACACUGGAAGCUGAAAUUGAUGAUCCCUGAAGGUUGAACCCACACACACCCCUGCAGCCUCCCCAGAUGAAGUAGGUGUAUUCCCCUGGCAGUCUGGGCAACGGAGACCAACAAGAAACAUUUUUAGGUUGUUUUAAAUUCCUUUUUUUAAACUUCCAGUUUAUUGCGUACCAAGUUGAUUAAAACCUCCAUGCUUCACAAGUGGACGCCACGUCAGGGUUGGACGUGGGCACCGUGAGUCCUUCGAGGCUCCUGGACAGAGACCCACAUCAAGAUCGGAAGCCCUUUGGAUGGCGUUGCAGAUCUCGUUGUCAGUAAGCCGUGAAGAUUUUCAUUCUCAUCCCACUCUCAGUUGGACUUUCUGGCACUCUUCCUGCAUUGAGUCUCCUGAUUACUGAACAGAGCUCCGUGAUGUAGCCCACUGAGGAAUGGAAUGGAGCUACCCAUGGGAGGUCCUGAUGUCAUCACUGCACACAGGUGUGAAAGGAGAGCCCUCUUCUGCACCACCUGGCUACCUCACUCCUCUGCUGGUAGCAGUGCCUAUAGCUGGACCUAGGUUCUCAGAAGCACAGAUGUGCAAACAAGCGAUUGAGUUGGGCUUCAGGGGAGACACAUCAUAGGAAAGAAUCCAGGGCCUCUAAGCUGGUUUUCUUUUCAGGCAAACAUCCUGAGCGGGAUGCUGUAAGCAGGGGAGUUCCUUUUUCUAGUUUGCCUGUAGAAGUGGGAAGACUGAUGUUUCUGUCCUUUACAGGACUUCAGAAAACAGUUGUAUAAUUACACAAGGUGGAUCUUUAUCUUGCCUAACAUGCUGGGAAUCUUCACCCCACCAGGGCAAAUUUCCAAAUAGCUCAUUUUAUUGUAGGUCUUUCAAACUUUCAUGUGACAUACUUCCCUUUCCCAUUGUUGCUGAUUUCCAAAUAGCUGUCAGCAAGUUUUUCCUCUCCCCUUGCCUAUUCUUCACUCAUUUGGUGGCAAAGUUAAUAGAACUAGGGGUCUUGGAAGAUGCUUUGAAAACAUUGUUACAAAGGCACUGCUGAAAUGAUUCACAGGAAGGGUGGCCAGUGGAAGAAGGAUCCUGAGGAUGUGACACUGGUUAUCAACAACAUGCUUAGAGAACUCUUGAAGUGGAUUGGGUGUCAACCCAGUGAACAUAGUGUUUUGAUUUAAUUUAUUUUUUCAAGUUUAUGUGGUGAUGGUGUGGCUUUCCAAAAUGGGAAAAUAUUCAAAAGAUCGUUUGCAUUUUCUUCUGCCAGGAAUGGGGGAGGGGAGCGGGGGCACAAUCUGAGAAAGAACACCUGUGCUGUUCUAUGCAUCGCUGGCAAGUUUGUGGGAAGGGAUGGGCGAGGGUGAGUGGGUUUGCUCCACACUGUCCUGUGCUGCUUGAGAGGACCUGGGACGUGCGAGGGAAAUGUGGGUGACAGGGUGCCCAGGCUGUGGUCCCUCACUGCUGUGCUGGGUUCCUGCAGCCUGCCACGUUUCCCUUGGGAGUGUAAAUGAAGAUGGAGGGGUCAUUUCAUGAUUUCCUGCUGCUGAGAAUAAAUGUCUUGUUAAAAACGUGGCAGCGGUUACUUGUAGGUGCCAUGGAUCGAUGUCGGGGGUGGUCAGCUCCGGACUAAGCCACCCACCUCCAAUUUGUACAACAGUAUUGAUACAUAGGGCUACACUCAUUACUGUUCAAGUGUUCUAUGUUAAAAGUUGUGUUUAAUUUCUAAAGAUUAAAAAAAAGCAAAAAAAUUGGUGCUAAACCUUCACCCCUGAGCACGCUCAGUGAGACUGGUCAUGCAAGCAUUUACAGUGCCAUGCUCCUCAAGCCGAUUUUUUCUUGUGGAAAUGUUGCCCUAUUUGUCUUCCCCAAGGUAUGGUAUUUAUUUUAUUUUAUUUUAUUGAGGGGGGUAGGAUACCUGCCAUUUAAAAAAAUGAAUAGAAAACUUUAAAACCCAAGAAAUGGGGAAAAAGAAUCAGUGCACAAGAAUUGGGCUGGUUAGGCCCAGCACCACACUGAAGUGGGCUCAGUGGUUUUUGGAGUGAAGAAGCCUUACUCCCUGCACAUUCCCUCAUGCUCCCACACGAGUCCAGCAGUGGAAAUGCUUGGGUUCCUCUUGCCGUGUCAAGGGGACUCAGGAAUUGACCAAGGGAAACCAUUUGGCCCCAGGAGGAAUGGGCAUUGUCAGUAUCCGUCCUGAACGGGGCCUAGUCAGGAAGCAGUCUAGAAGUGUAUGGUCAUGGUCGCCUCAUGAAAGUGUGUGGUAGGUGGCUCUCAGGAAAAAUACCAAGUCUGGAUCAUCCAUGUGGCAGCUUUGCAUAGGGAGAGGACAGCUCCGAACUGCUACUGAACUGCCUUCUGCACGCUUGACCAAAGCAGUGAUGAGGGUGGCCAGUACCUUUGGUGUGAAUGGUAGAUUUAAAGAAAAGGGAAUGUUUUCUGCUGAGUGUUUCCUUUGUCCUUGGGCUGCUCAAGCUGGACAGUAGGUAACCACUGUUUUCAAGGAACCAGCCCAACUUCUCUGGCUUGGUUCGGAGUUUGUUUCAUCCCUAGCUGUGAGUGCCUUUUGGUCUGGAAAGUUGGCUUGUCUCAUAAUACCCACAGCUAGGACAUUCUCUCUGUAAUUAUGAAUUGUCCUUGUUUUACAUUAAAAGAGGAUGUCUUUGAUCACUAGAGUUCUUCAGUGUUGGAUUAUUUCCACUGUGAGAUUCUUAAAACUUUUUCGCUUCAUAAAAUAAUAAAACAACUCAUGUUAGAGACCCUUUCAAUAUGAAAGGUUUGUAGUUGAGACAUUACAUAUAUUUUAUUGUUUAUAAUAAAAAAUCAUCUAUACAAAAGAAGUCCUGGGUGUUAAUAUUUUGCACAAGAUCUGUUUUCCAUGAUGUGUUGACAUCUACAAUUUCACUAACUGUUGAUGUUAUUUUCUAUUGAGAUUCUGGAGCCUAGGGAGCUAUGUGUUCUUUUUGUUCAUUUCGUUCUUUUUUUCCCUGAAGCAAGAGACUAUAUGGCCUUCAGUGCAAAGACUUCAGACCAAUUCUUUGUAUUACACUUGGUUGCCUCUUGGCUAUAUAACUUCUGAGUGCAAAUCAUUGAACUCUUUAAUGAAGUAUUGUAGAGAAUAAAUCAUAAUGGAUAAAAA